GGGUUGGUGAAUACACGUUUGAUAAACGCGGGGACUCCUUUUUCCUUUCCCAUCAGUCUAUCUCUUUUCAACUUCAACUCCCAACACUUUUAGCUAAUGGCUUUGCCUUUACGGUCUCUCCGUAGAUCAUCGCCGUCCAUUCCCUCACUCUACUCCAUCCGAUGGCUUUCCGUCAAUCAGUCAUCCUCUUCCUCGGCUUCACCUUCCACUUCCGAUGCCGAUCGCCUCUGGAUCUCUUCUUUUCUCAAAUGGUCGUCAGGAAUUUUGCUUGCUUCUGGAUUAGGGUUUGUCUGUGUGUCUGCUAAUUCUGCUACUCCAACAUUAGCUUUCGCCGAUUCAGCUGUUGUGGAUAGUGCUGAAGAUGCCGUUGUCGAGCACCCGCGUUCGUCUUCGUUUUUUCGGAAAUUCUCUCUUCCUGAAAUCUCCUCCAAGUUUCUGUUUGGAGAGGAGUUUCGUCGAAAGGUAUUCUUCAAUUACGAGAAACGGAUUCGAUUGUACAGUCCUCCUGAGAAGGUCUAUGAGUAUUUUGCAUCAUUUCGUGCUCCAGAUGGUGAAUUACUCAUGACACCAAUGGAUCUCAUGCGGGCAGUGAUUCCUGUCUUUCCGCCUUCAGAGUCACAUCUUGUAAGAGAUGGAUAUUUAUGCGGGGAAAGAAACCCUGGGGAGCUACGUUGUGCUCCUUCUAAUUUGCUCAUGCUUUUUGAUAUAAACAAUGAUGGGCAUGUUUCUUUUAAAGAGUACAUCUUUUUAAAAACACUACUCAGCAUCCCAGAAUCGAGUUUUAUUGUUACGUUUAAAAUGUUUGACCUCAACAACGAUGGAGAGAUUGAUAAGGAAGAAUUCAAGAAAGUUAUGGCUUUGAUGCGGUCCCAUAACCGACAAGGCGCUCAACAUAGAAAUGGACAUCGUAGCAGAUUAAUCUUUGACGGCUGUGUGGAAAAUGGAGGCCUUGUAGAAUACUUCUUUGGUAAAGAUGGAAACGCAGGCCUCCAACUUGAAAAAUUUAUCCAAUUUAUGAAAGAUCUGCAGAUUGAGAUGCUGAAAUUGGAGUUUGCACAUUAUGACUAUAAAUUAAGAGGAACCAUAUCUGCAAAGGACUUUGCAUUGUCCAUGGUUGCCUCAGCUGACUCAUCUCGUUUACGUGAGUUGCUCGAUCGAGUUAGUAGAAUGGACAAUAAACCACAUUUUAUGGACAUUCGUAUUUCAUGGGAGGAGUUCAAGGAUUUCGAUACUCUACGCAGAAAAUUGCAACCUUUUUCUCUAGCAUUAUUUAGUUACGGAAAAGUAAAUGGCCUUCUGACAAAGAACGAUUUUCAACGUGCUGCAUCACAGGUGUGUGGCAUCAAUCUCUCGGACGAGGUUGUGGACAUAAUUUUUCAUCUGUUCGAUACAAAUUUAGAUGGUGAACUGAGUUCAGAGGAAUUUGUAAGAGUGUUACAUAAUCGAGAGAGGGACGUUGCUCAGCCUGUGGAGGCAGGAAUGAUGGGGCUUUUCUCUCGCUGCUGGAGUUGCGAAAUAAGCCCAUGAUUUUUGCAGGUUUGCUUUUCCUUUCUUACUAGUUUUUAGUUUGUGUAAAGUUUAACCACCGUAUGGCCCCUACCACGUUGGAUCUCAUAUGCUUCAAAAAUGUAAAUAAUAGCGUAGGCGUAGGUAGUCAACUUAUCUUGAUUAAUGUUCUUUAAAAGAAAAUCUUCACAAGUGCUUCUAACUUGGAUAAGCUUAUAUGGCAGCAUUUGUGUGUAUGUAGUUCAUACUCUGUUGGGACUAAAUCAUGUCCAAUAUAGUUGAAUAUGGUUCAGUGGUAAAAAACUCUUGUGUGGAUAGUAAUGAUAGAAUACACUUAAGUUUGUUUUUUGAUUGUUAA